GAGGGGCGAGGACUAACACGCUCUGGGGAAAAAAAGCACCUGUAGCGGAUCUGCUCGGUCAUCACUGUCCUUCUUGUCCGCUUCACAGGAUCACACGGCUUUCAUCCCGAAGUCUACUUGUGAUUUCUUUACAAGUUGUUUUCUCCAUCCGUCUUUCUCCAUCUUCUAAGCGGAGACUCAAGUUUGCAGAAUGGUUCAAGUUGCGCGGCGCACCGCAGCUUUCCGGCAACAACUUGUCCUGGCGCUUUGGAUGGCAUCAGCUAUCAUGGGCAGAGAAGCAACAGAUUCCAGCUCCACCACUACAGAAACAACAACCAUCCCAACCACGACUCAAAGGACUACCAUUUCCAGCACAACGCCAGCUAAUGCCACAGGGAAUGACAAUACAACCACUCCUGUAGCUACGACACCUACCACCCCACCAGUUACACAAAAUAGUACAGAAAUGCCAACCGAUGCUACAACACAUAAUUUAAGUAAAACUUUUACAACACCAGAUAAUAGUAAUGCUACUGCACACGUCACUGAACCCUCAAGCAUCAACACCAGUACAACUACAAAUGCCACCAGUAUGACCUCAGGCUCUACCGCUUCAACCACAAGCAGCAACACUACCCACACACCAAACAUCUGUGCUAAAACCUCAAACAUCAGUGCUACACCCGCACCUGACUUCAACACUACUACACCCUCACAUGACAUCAACACUACCCACACACCAAACAUCACUGCUACAACCUCAAACAUCAGUGCUACACCCGCACCUGACUUCAACACUACUACACCCUCACAUGACAUCAACACUACCCACACACCAAACAUCACUGCUACAACCUCAAACAUCAGUGCUACACCCGCACCUGACUUCAACACUACUACACCCUCACAUGACAUCAACACUACCCACACACCAAACAUCACUGCUACAACCUCAAACAUCAGUGCUACACCCGCACCUGACUUCAACACUACUACACCCUCACAUGACAUCAACACUACCCACACACCAAACAUCACUGCUACAACCUCAAACAUCAGUGCUACACCCGCACCUGACUUCAACACUACUACACCCUCACAUGACUUCAACACUACCCACACACCAAACAUCACUGCUACAACCUCAAACAUCAGUGCUACACCCGCACCUGACUUCAACACUACUACACCCUCACAUGACUUCAACACUACCCACACACCAAACAUCACUGCUACAACCUCAAACAUCAGUGCUACACCCGCACCUGACUUCAACACUACUACACCCUCACAUGACUUCAACACUACCCACACACCAAACAUCACUGCUACAACCUCAAACAUCAGUGCUAUACCCGCACCUGACUUCAACACUACUACACCCUCACAUGACUUCAACACUACCCACACACCAAACAUCACUGCUACAACCUCAAACAUCAGUGCUACACCCGCACCUGACUUCAACUCUAGCCACACAGCAAACAUGACUACUGCACCCACACCUGACUUCAACACUACUACACCCUCACAUGACUUCAACACUACCCACACACCAAACAUCAGUGCUACAACCUCAAACAUCAGUGCUACACCCGCACCUGACUUCAACUCUAGCCACACAGCAAACAUGACUACUGCACCCACACCUGACUUCAACACUACUACACCCUCACAUGACUUCAACACUACCCACACACCAAACAUCAGUGCUACAACCUCAAACAUCAGUGCUACACCCGCACCUGACUUCAACUCUAGCCACACACCAAACAUGACUACUGCACCCACACAUGACUUCAACACUACUACACCCUCACCUGACUUCAACACUACAACACCCUCACCUGACUUCAACACUACAACACCCUCACCUGACUUCAACACUACCCACACACCAAACAUCACUGUUGCACCCACACCUGACUUCAACACUACCCACGCAGCAAACAUCACUGCUACACCCACAUCUGACUUGAACAUAACCCAUACACCAACCAUCACUGCUACACCCACAUCUAACUUGAACAUAACCCAUACACCAACCAUCACUGCUACACCCACAUCUGACUUGAACAUAACCCAUACACCAACCAUCACUGCUACACCCACAUCUGACUUGAACAUAACCCAUACACCAACCAUCACUGCUACACCCACAUCUGACUUGAACAUAACCCAUACACCAACCAUCACUGCUACACCCAUGCCAAUGAUCACUUCUACAACCUCAAACAGCACUGCUAUAACCACAUCUGUUAGCGACACUACCCACACACCCAUCACCACUAAUACAACCUCAAACAUCACUACUAUAUCCACACCUGCCACCAUCUCUACCCACACACCCACCACCACUAAUACAACCUCAAACAUCACUACUAUAUCCACACCUGCCACCAUCUCUACCCACACACCCAUCACUGCUAUGACCUCAAACAUCACUGCUAUAUCCACACCUGCCACCAUCUCUACCCACACACCCAUCACUGCUAUGACCUCAAACAUCACUACUAUAUCCACACCUGCCACCAUCUCUACCCACACACCCACCACCACUAAUACAACCUCAAACAUCACUACUAUAUCCACACCUGCCACCAUCUCUACCCACACACCCAUCACCACUAAUACAACCUCAAACAUCACUACUAUAUCCACACCUGCCACCAUCUCUACCCACACACCCAUCACCACUAAUACAACCUCAAACAUCACUACUAUAUCCACACCUGCCACCAUCUCUACCCACACACCCAUCACCACUAAUACAACCUCAAACAUCACUACUAUAUCCACACCUGCCACCAUCUCUACCCACACACCCACCACCACUAAUACAACCUCAAACAUCACUACUAUAUCCACACCUGCCACCAUCUCUACCCACACACCCACCACCACUAAUACAACCUCAAACAUCACUACUAUAUCCACACCUGCCACCGUCUCUACCCACACACCCAUCACUGCUAUGACCUCAAACAUCACUACUAUAACCACACCAAACAUCAACACUACCCAUACCAGCAGUGUCACAACUGGGUCUUCGGUUCCACCUGUUACCAACACAACCACGGCACCAGUCACCUGUACUGACGGGUCCUGUCCACCUCUCUCCAUCUGUGUAAACUCCAUCUGUGAGUGUCUCCCUGGAAUGUACCUCUCACAAGGCCAGUGUAUUGAAGGAAAAGUGUUCCCAGGACAGCUGCAUUUAAAAAAUAAAGUUUUUACACCUGAUAUGAGUGAUCCUAAUUCUAAGGCAUUUCAAAACACAGCCAAUGGGAUCAUUAAUUCGCUGAAGAAAAUCUUCCAAAAUACAAAUGGCUACAUAAAAUCUGUUGUUCUGAAACUAAGUGAAGGCAGUGUGGUAGCUACAGUAAACAAUAUGUUCCAGUUGAGCUCUAACGCUACGGUGCAGUCCGUAUCGGAUGCCAUAAAAAGCGGCAAUAUCACUGGUGCUGAGUAUACCUCUAUGAGUCUCUGUGAGCAGAAUCCAUGUGACACCAGCACCACAGAGUGUAACAGUAAUACAGACGGCACUUCUACGUGCACCUGCGUCCCGGGCUACAUACCAAAUGUUUUUUCUUCAAGAAGCUGUACAGCCUGUCCCAGUGGCCAGAGAGCAGAGGGCCAGAAAUGUGUGCCGUGUGCGUUUGGUUAUUCCGGCUUCAACUGUAAUGACUCGGCGUUGUUGGCGCUGGUGGUGGUCGCCGUGGUUUUAGGUGGCAUUCUGCUCAUCCUGGUUUUGGCUCUGAUCAUCUUCUGUGUGCUCUCCGGAUCAAAGCGCGGCUCCAGCACCAGUAGUCCUCACUCCAAAGACCGGUUCCAGAUGUGGCCGUCCCACAACAUCACUCCCAUCCCUCGUGCGUCUCUCGGUCAGAACGCUAACACAGAGACCUACGGUACAGAGAUGCCCUUGCCAGACAGUUUAAAACCCAGCAAUGGUUUGAAGUUAAGAGGAAAGAUGGGCUCCUACGAUCUCAUGCCGUUAGACGACCUGAGAACGUUUAAAGGCAAAAACCCAUCUCGCUAUUCUUACUUGGUCGAGGGUCACGAAAACCCAUACUUCAAUACAGCAGAUGAGCAAACAUCAUCCUGAGUGGAGAGAAGACGGGAGUACAAGAGAUGAGACGAGAGGACGCUGGUUAAUAAAUACUUAUGAAAUGAUGGAGAUGACGUAGAGGGAUAGUUUUGUUUUGUUUUGUUUUGUUUUUGAAAAAACAUAAAAUCCAAAUGACUCUUUCAUACUCAUUGGUCCGUUUUGUUCUAUCGAGGAAAAUUCUUCUCAAGAAACUUUCUUAACUGUAUAUCGGUUCCGGUUUUUAUAACAGAUGGCUUUAUGCCCUUUAUCAUAUCGCUAGAGCUGAUCUUAACCCUUACAUUAAGAUCAUUAUUAAUAUCACGUUACUCGGACCAUGUCUUUAGAUUCUAGUAUACACGAUACUGUAUGUCAUCUUGCUGUUGGAGUUGGUCCACACUUUAUUAUGCUGUUAUAAUAACCUUCAUCAUAUAUUAUUCAAGCACAUAAAGAAUAUGCCACAUCUAUGAGGACACUAUGGAAAGACUUUUAUUUUCACCUCUGAAUUUUUGCGAUUUAAUCUAAACAUAAUUUUGAAAAUGAAAAAAAAAAAAAGAA